GAGAAGAUCGACAAUGGCUUGGUGGAUGUGGAAGAAUCUGUAGGAAAUGGAGAUGGCAACACCGAGUCGUAUCAGUUAUCGACUCUGUCCGUCGACCAUUAUCUUCCUCUUCCCGCCAUGAUCCCUCGCAUAAUCGAGAUGUGUAAGGAUCUGUUCAAGCAGUGGUCGGAGCUGGAUGAUUCUCGGUUCUCUGUUGAAACGGUCUCCGGUGGGAUCACGAAUCAGCGUGAGUGUUCGCUUACACAAUGGAUUUCUUCGUUCAAUUAGAUUACGGCAAGGCUGUGUUCGAGUGCUUAAGGUUACAGUGGAGGAGGAAAAUGGUAGUAACGUUUCCAUCACCGUCAGACUAUAUGGACCUAACACGGAUUAUGUUAUUAAUCGUGAUCGGGAACUUCAGGCAAUCAAAUAUCUUUCAGCUGCAGGAUUUGGUGCCAAGCUUCUUGGAGUUUUUAAAAAUGGCAUGGUGCAGUCAUUUAUUCAUGCACGUACGCUAGAACCAUCAGAUUUAAGAAAGCCAGAGCUAGCUGCAGAAAUUGCUAAACAGCUUAAUAAAUUCCACAAAGUGUAUAUUCCAGGUUCUACAGAACCUCAGUUAUGGAACGAUAUUUUAAAAUGUUACGGGAAAGCCUCUGCACUGCAAUUUGAUGAUACCGAGAAGCAAUGUAUAUUCGAUUCAAUUUCUUUUACGGAAAUUCACAAUGAAAUACUUGAGAUUAAGGAACUAACAAGCCUCCUUAAUGCACCCGUUGUGUUUUCUCACAAUGACCUGCUUUCUGGGAACCUAAUGCUAAAUGAGGAAGAAGAACGACUCUACUUCAUUGAUUUCGAGUAUGGAUCAUACAAUUACAGAGGCUUCGACAUUGGUAAUCACUUCAAUGAAUAUGCAGGCUACGACUGUGACUACAGCUGUUAUCCGUCCAAGGAGGAACAGUAUCAUUUCUUCAGGCAUUAUUUACAACCUGAAGAACCAGACGAGGUUUCCCAAGAAGAUCUUGAAGCUCUCUACGUGGAGUCAAACACAUUCAUGCUGGCUUCACACUUGUAUUGGGCUUUAUGGGCGCUUAUACAGGCAAGGAUGUCUCCAAUUGAUUUCGAUUACCUUCGUUAUUUCUUCCUCCGUUACAACGAGUAUAAAAAGAAUAAAGAAACAUAUUGCUCUUUGGCGAGAUCUUUCCUUGCUCGAUGAGGAUCGGGUCGUGGACCUGCAUAGAUAAUACAAUGGGGGGUGUGGUAGUAUCAACAAUCAGUUUGUAUCAACUCCAUAAACAUAGAGGCAGGUUUGAUUUCUCAUUCUUUACUUGAUCUGUUGUAAAGUGGUAUUUUUACUCUGAUAAUUCGUCAUAAACUUCAAAUAAUCUAUUACGUAAAUUUGUUUUCA